UCUCUGUUCAUCUCCCUCUUCCUCCUCGUCAAAGCCCUCCAUUCCCCAUGCCUUGUCCUCUCCAUACCGAGCGGGAGGUAAUGGAAUUCCUCCUCUUGUUUGCCAUAUUCGUCUUCACCUGCGGCCUCAUCAACUGCCGCCGCUUCCUCCCCGGGUCUAAGCUAAUAGCAUGGCUUUGCUCAUUUCUGCCCACUUCCUUCUCAUCACCAAAGCUAGCAGAAAGAGCAGUGGAGGAGGAGGAGGAGGAGGAGGAGGAGGAGGUUGACGAUGAGCUCGAAAGCAUAUUCUCGACCUUCGACAAGGACGGAGACGGCUUCAUCACCGUGAAGGAGCUGGAGGAGUCGCUCGGGCGGUUGGGCCUCGCUGUCACAGACAACGAGGCGAUGAGCAUGAUGGAAAGAGUCGAUGCGAAUGGAGAUGGCCUCAUAGACCUCGACGAAUUCCGCGAGCUCUACGCCGAGCUGGGGAGAAACCAAGAAGGAGGCCAUGAGAGGGGUUUGGUGGCGAGAGAAGAGGAAGAAGAGACGGAUUUGAGAGAGGCGUUUGACGUCUUCGAUGGGAACAGAGAUGGGCUGAUUACGGCGGAGGAGUUGGCCAUGGUGCUGAAAUCUCUGGGGCUGAAGCAAGGGGCAAAGUUGGAGGACUGCAGGGACAUGAUAGGGAGGGUGGACAGAGAUGGGGAUGGCAAGGUGAACUUCGAUGAGUUCAAGAAAAUGAUGAAGAUGAAAGGGGGGAAGCUCUUCUGAUCCAUUUGUCAGCUCCCUUCCGCUGCCAUUACCAGAACAAGCAGACAUCUAUGUACAGAUGUGAUCUAUCGCUAACCCAUGUUCAUCUUCUUCUCUGUUCAUCAAUUUUCUUCUUUACUCCUUGUAAUGAAUGCUCACUUCUCUCAAGAUACGAACAACUUGUUAUUGUGACUUGAAUGGAGAACGGAUUAACAUGCUUCUUCUUCAGAAA